AUGCACAUCCGCAUCAGCGAUCACCGAGAGAAGAAAGCCUGUUUCCUGGCCACCCAGUUGGCACACUACCCGAUCGUGUUAGGCCUUCCGUGGCUGAAAGUACACGACCCCUAUGUCCGUUUCGCUGAACACAGCAUCGAAUUUAACAGCGACUACUGCCGAAGGAACUGCAACAUACCCUUGCUGAGCGCGAAGAUCCAGGAUAGAGGGGUAUGCAGUGUUUCAGGGGGAGCAGUGUGUAAGAAUGACUCUCCGAAGUCGAUUAUUUUGACAUCCUGA